AUGUUGCAGAUCUUCCAGACUACUCGACAAACGUUGUGUCGGGAAGCAGAUUCUUUUCUAGCUCGUCUGUGCAAGGAAAACGAUGACUUACCGAGUGAAAAGGAUGAAACGGGUGCUAUAUUAAUUGAUCGUGAUCCAGAAUAUUUUGCGCCAGUCCUGAAUUACUUACGUCACGGGAAACUUGUGGUGAACAAGAAUGUAAGCAUAGAAGGAGUGCUUGAAGAAGCGGAAUUCUAUAAUUUGCCGCGACUGAUUCAUUUAUGUUCGGAACGUUUGGCCGAAUUUGGCCUCAAAAAAACUAAACAGACAAAACAUGUGUAUCGUGUGCUGCAGUGUCACGAAGAGGAGCUUACCAAUGUUGUGUCGGCGAUGUCUGAUGGCUGGAAAUUCGUACAGCUAAUUCCAAUUGGUCAGUUCCAAUAUCAAAGCGAUAUGCAAAGUGAAUACCUCUGCGUUGUUUCCCGAGAAUUUCCUGAUAACGAAAUCAAAAAUGCCGAGCACACAGAUCUUACUGAUCGUGUUAAAGCUCUUCAGCAAAAAGCUCGUCGUAAGUUUGUUGUUUUUCUUCUACACAUUUGA